GGCUUGAAGAUCUUGUAUUGAGCGAUGAAGAGAAAAAGAGAGGAAUUGGAAUCUUAUAGUUUUUCGAUCACGAGCAAAUUGUUAAAAUGGAAAGAGCAGUGCCCAUCUCUAAGAAAGCCAGAGUACGAGCACACACCCGCGAGGGAGGCGCACUCACGACACGGUCGUCUUGGUCACCAUAAGGGUCUUAUUAAUGCUAUCGUCACUUGCAACCAGAAUCUCAUUAGAAUUCGCAACCCUGUUCGGUUUGCUUUGCGCCGUUUCCGAAACUGCCGACUACGGCUCGCUCGUCGACAUGUUGCGCGAUAGCAUCGGCUACGAGCUGGUCAUGUGGUCGCCAUCCAUAGACGAAACGAAGUAUCUGGAUAGCAUCCUACGUUUCGACGACCAAGACGUCGCUGCGGAGUUCGGACGAGAACACCGCCGAGGACAGCCUGGCAAAGAUGCCGCCAACUCCCUCUCAUCAUCCUGGGGCCUCUUACUGACGCUCUUCCGCACUCUCUUCUCGACCUUCUUCGGGAGCCUCUUCUGGAAGGGCCGGUUUAGUAACAUGUUUUGCGGGUACGUGCCGGGUCAUGUUUGGGGUUACGCUGCUUGGGAUGCAUCGCAUCGAGGCUGCGCGUGUCCGGCGUGGUCGGGUUUAUGCAACCCGAGAAUGAUUUCUAUUUCUUGGGGGUGGUGACCGAGGGUUGUGGCUUCAGGGGCCCGUGGCAACAUGGUAUCUAUCUACACCCUUAAUAGUUCCAACUAAUCCAAU